UGCACGGCGCACGCACUUCUUGGAGAGAGAGAGAGAGAGCUCCGACCCGGCCAUGGAAGCCCGGCAGCACUACUCGAGGCCGCUCCUCCUGCUGCAGCUGCAAGGCCCGGCCGCGAGCCCGGCGUCCGCCCCCUCAACGGCCGGUGGCGCCGUUCCGGACGAAGCUCGAUCGGUCCCGGCGCCAGACGCUUUUGAUGUCCUCAACGCCAACGCGAUCCUCGUCCUGGCGCUCCUCGUUUGCGGCCUCAUCGCGGCGCUCGCCCUCCGCGCCGUGCUCCAGUGCGCGCUCAGCGCGUGCCAGUUCCACAGCGGCGGAGCCGGCGGCGCCCCGGAGCAGCUGGACGACCCCGGGCGCGGCGGCAAGGAGCAGCAGCAUCGGCCGCCGCGGCGGGCGACGAAGCUGGUGCGGGCGCUGCCGUGGCUGGCGUACUCGGCGGGGCUGGCGCGGGAGCUGGCCGGGUCGUCGCGGUCCGACUGCGCCAUCUGCCUCGCGGCGUUCGCGCGCGGGGAGGCCGUGCGCGUGCUGCCGCGCUGCGGCCACGGGUUCCACGCGCGCUGCGUCGACCGGUGGCUCGCGGCGCGGCCGACGUGCCCCACCUGCAGGCAGGCGCCGUUCGACCAGACCACCGCGCUCCUGCAGCCGGCGGACGGCCCCGGGCCGGCCGUCGUCGUGCCGCUGCCGCUGGUGCGCGUGGUCGUAGUCGGCGAUCGCGUGGCCCGCCUUGUGGAGCCGUAGCACUCGCGCGCGCGGGGCCCUGCUUGUACAUUCGCAAAACGUGCUAGCGCCUAGCGGAAUAUAGGUCUAGUAGCACUUUGGACGCGUCACGCUUACUAGGGAAUAUGGGAUACUGCGACACCGGCGUUCAUUUUCCCCUAGGUUUUUCUUCUCUUCUUUUCUUCUCCCUUUCUUGUCUUGGCGUCAAAGUCGUCAUUCCGGGACUAUAUGCUGAUAUUGCAUACAGGAGACGCUGGCACGAAGCUGAACAUGAGCUGAGAGCUAACAGCAUCUCCACCAGUCCCCUUCCCCAAUAAAUUGUUGAUAUUGGAAAAAAAAUAUGUUCCAGCAGUUUCUCAAUACCUUUCUCUUUCCCUAAUAAUUAUUGGGUUGUCCCACUAUCUCACACCAACUCCCCUCAAAUAAAGAGAGAACUUUGGCUCUCCAAUAUGUUGUUGUAUUGGGUUAAGAUUAUUAGGAAACUGCAAAAGCAUGUCUCCCAAUAAUCUAUGAAAGUUGUAUUGGGACAUCCCAAUAAUAUGUUAUUGUGAGA